CCGUUUUCACAUGUCAGUGCGGGGUUUUCGACGAAGGCACCCAGAACAGUCGCGGAGAGGCGUUGUCGGCUUUCUCCUGUCCCUGUCGACUUCGGUUUUUGUUGGCUUUCCUUGUCGAUUUUCGACGUUCAAAGAGUCAAGAGUUCGUCGCCGAAAACGACCCUUCGCUUCUAGCAGAAAAGGGGUUUCUUGCACAAAGAAAAAACGAAUAAAGCGUUCUGACUGCUCCCGCUCUCGCGAGCAACUCAUCCGACCAUCGCUGGGGUUCAUCCAGCCGCUGACAAAUUCUCUUCUUUUUCGUUUUGUGGAAAUGUCGCUCGCUACGCCUUUCAAGUCCGCCAGCGAAAUGCUGGAAUAUAUCCAAACGCAUGAAGUUCAACUUCUUGACUGCUGCUUUGUCGACCCCUGUGGCCUUUGGCACCACUGCAGCAUGCACGUUUCUCAGGUCGAUGAAAAAGCUCUGAGAGAAGGAUUUGCUUUCGACGGCUCCUCCAUCCGUCUGUUCGCCACAGUUGCAUGCUCUGACAUGUCCAUGAUUCCUGAUCCGAAGACUUGCUGGAUCGACCCCUUCCAAGAUCACAAGGUGCUGCAUGUGACCUGCGACAUCAGCGACCCGAACGGGAAGCCUCUUGAACGCUGCCCUCGACGUAUCGCUCAACGCUGCGAGGCUUGGGUGACCUCUCUCGGCCUGGCAGAUGCGGUCUACAUUGGCCCAGAGGCGGAGUUCUUCAUUCUCGAUGACGUCAAGUACAAAUGCUCUCCCAACAAAGUCAGCUACGAAAUCGACUGCGAAGAAGGCACUUGGAACAGUGACGCGACGCUGACGGGGCCGACGGGAUCUCGCAACCUGGGACACCGCAUGCAGCACAAGAAGUGGUAUUUUCCGGUCUCUCCAGUUGACAAGCAUGCAAAUCUCCGCACCGAAAUGCUCCUGACGAUGGGCGACCUGGGUCUGCCAAUUGAAAAGCACCACCACGAGGUCGGCUGUUGCCAGCAUGAAUUAGGAUUCACCUUCCGACGACUUGUAGACGCUGCAGAUCUGAUGAUGGUGUACAAGUACGUGGUAAAGAACGUUGCACAGAAAGCCGGGAAGACAGCAACGUUCAUGCCCAAGCCCAUGGCCGGCGACUGCGGUUCUGGCAUGCACAGCCACCAGUCGUUGUGGAAAAACGGGGCGAACCUGUUCUUCGAUGCAAACGGCAGCUACAUGAAACUCUCCCAGCUCGCCCUGUGGUACAUCGGUGGCUUGCUGAAGCAUGCGCAUGCAGUUCUCGCGUUUACAAACUCCACGACCAACUCGUACAAGCGUCUCGUCCCCGGCUACGAGGCCCCGACGAAGUUGACUUACUCGAAGGGGAACCGCAGCGCAGCCAUUCGGAUUCCUCUGUGCGAUGGAGACAACCCCAAGGCGAAGCGCUUGGAGUUCCGGUGUCCUGACGCCGCCGGGUGCCCAUACCUCUGCUUUGCAGCGAUGGUCAUGGCAGGCGUCGACGGCAUUCGCAAGAAAAUCGAACCGCCGCCUCCUGCAGACUGCGACGCUGCAGAAAUCGACUCGCGCGUCGUUCCUAGCACUCCGUCUUCGCUGAGUGAGGUCCUCGAUGCUCUCGAACAAGACCACGACUUCCUGCUCGAAGGUGGAGUCUUCACCAAGGAUUUCAUUCACGCUUACAUCGAGAUGAAACGUGCAGAAGUCGCAGCAGUCCAGCUCACACCUCACCCCCGGGAGUACGAGCUCUACUACCAUUGUUAGAAAGAGACAAACAAGUGGCAGGCAUAUCUUUUUCCACUUGGCAGAAAACGAGGUAAACCGAGAUGAAGACUCGGUCUGGCUUUCCCUCUCCGGCGUUACGUAGCCUCGGUAUCGGUUGCGUGUAGACAGCGAAGAUUCCCAGCAAAAUCCA